AUGAAUGGCAGCAGACGGCCGAUCGCGGGGUGGAAGUUGGUCUUAGCUUGGAAGGAAUCCGUGGCUACCGUAGUGUGGUGUGUUUCGCCUCACAAGCCGAUAAACAAACGCGAGAGGCAACGCGAAAUCCAAGCAAUUGACCCUCAGCCUCGUGCAAUCCAUUCAAUAGUUCACAGAAUUAUCACGAGUUUAUUCCUUAUCUCCUUAGAAUUCACAAUUUAUCUUAUUCCGAUUUCAUUCCUCUGUCUUUUUCCAAACAUAUUGAUUACCAUUUUUGGUUUCGUACCUAACUACUUUAUUUGCGUAGUAACGACUAAACGAUUUUGCAACAACGUAAAACACCUCUUAAUUGCCUUCUCGCCCGUGAUCAUCCUGUCAUAUUUCACUGCCGGAAUAUUGACUUUCAUCGGCUACAGUCUAUUCCUUACACUCGUCCUUCCGUUGAUGACUCAUUUCUCAAGGCAAGAAUAUCCUUACCAUUUUAUCUCUCCGUUAGUAUCACUCAUUUAUUUACCUUACCAAUGUUGUCCCUACCUUAACCUCGAGGAGUCGAAAACCGAGAUUUUCAAUGAUCUUCCGCUAUUCAGACCGUUCAUCGAUACCUUUGAAUUUCAUCAAAUGGUUGUAACCUUCCAUUUUCACAAACUUUCUCAAAUAAUAGAAGAUGAAAAAAAUUUCAAAGGAAAUAGGAUCUCUUUCAACUAUUGGAAAUUGGCCUAUCCAUUCUUAGUAUUUCCGCUAUGCUUCAUUCUUCUUUUUCUGCCCAGCGUCUUAUUUAGCUUGUUUUUGCUUUUCCCUGUAACCAUCUCAUACUUCAUUAACGCAUACUCCAAUAGUGCUAGGAGUUCACAUGACAACUUUGAUGUCGUCUUCAAUGUCUUAUCAUUCCCCGUGUAUUUUCCUAGUUUGUUGACCUUUUCUUUGGCACGUUCAUUUCUGAUUCUGUUUUACUUCUUGGGGGUGAUUCUUGUCUGUUCCGCUCUCAUCGUUAUCAUAGCCACACGUCACUCGCUACGUGAUGCGUAUCAGGCGGGCUUGAAAAUUCUGAUGUUGAUUCCAGACGAUGUUUACGAAAACGCGGGAGAUCUGUUCGGCUUUUUUGGUUGGUGUCGUGAAUUGUGUGAUGAAUUGAGAACAAAUAAAGAUGUUUGA